AUGGCUCCCCACACUCCUUCCGACCUUACAGCAGCAUUUUCAGCGCCGAAACCUCUAGUCUCACACAAUCUUUUACAUCGUCGAUCUUUUCCUACAGCAGAUUCGAAGAACCCCGUUCCUUCCUAUUUUCUUCCUGACAGAUCAAGAAUACUACUCGCAUCUGCCUCACCGCAUGUCGGUGUUGAGCCCGUUGAACUUCAGCCUGUUCCCAGCUCCAACAAAAGUAAUGACGACUCGUCUCCGCAGCUGGCUUAUAUCGCCAUUAUCAUCAUCCCGCUUCUCAUUGUGGCCGUCCUCGUAUUUGUGUAUAUGCGACGUAAAAAACAGAAGCCCGCAAAGAAAGUCGCUCAGCUUCAGCCGGCCGUGCGCAAUGAACCUGCUCGGAGUCGGGCAGACUCGGAAGCACUCCCACCUCGUAUGCAACAGCUGCCUCGUGAUCGCAUUCGCGCAAUGAAUAGUGUACCUCGAGAUUUGGAAACGCCAAUGUCCCCAGCCGCUGAUCAUCAGGGAUACUUUCCUCGUGCCCCGAGCCCGCCCUUGCAUGAGUACCCGCAAACGACUGGUCAUCAACUACCCUCGCUUGCUAUUCCUGGACCACUUGAACCUCUUAGUCCUGCUACGACUUUCACUACGAAUAUUAGCUCUUGCCCUCCAACUCCUUGCACGCCUACUUUUGCAUUCCCUCCGAUGCCUCCGCUACAGCCUGAAAGCACUAUUGAACUGGAUGAAAAUGAAUCUGAGGAAGGUCGCUUUACUUGGGACUUCAAGUGUAAAGGAAUGACGAAGAGACAAUCUUCUGCUUCGGUUGAACAAAUUCCGGAUAUAUGCGGCGCAGAUGACACCGGGACCGAGAAAGGGGACUUGCGUGUAGAUUCAAAAACUACACUGGAAGCCGAAGCAGCCGUAAGGGCCAUACGCGACGGACCACCAAUCAUCGGCUUGAACAUUAUAAGCCCUCCCGGUCUGCUGCCUGCUAUUGAUCAUCCUACAGAAGAGGUACACCCCAAGGCAGUACCGGAGCUUGAUGAAGAUAUUCCUUCGCCACCAGAAGACCAGCGCCUCCAGGUGUCGUACCGUCUGUCUAUUCUGAACUUGUUCAGCAAGGUCACGUCCAAAGCCGCAGGCGCGCCCACACCAGUAGACAGCGCACCACUUCUAGACAGCACAGCAUCCGAAGUCCCUCAGUCGCUCAACGAUGACGCUAUACAUCUCUCCUCCUGCAGCAUGUAUACCGUCCCAGACCUCAACUUCGACGAUACAUCUUUCUCUCUGGACGUCAUCAACGCGCUUUCUUCGUCUCCUGCUGGUGAGUUUCCCGAGGCUCCUCCUGAAAAUGACAAUGAGAACGACAGCAAGACCGCUACUCCUGUUGGUACAGGUGAGAUUAGUGAGAUUAUGCGGAAAACCUCGUUAGAACGUGGAAAGAAGCGCCUGGUCCUGAGCAAGCCUAAUCACCGGGUCCUUAUUCCCGCGUCUUCUAACUUGAAGAGUCCGACGCUUUCUGAGUUCGUAGACAAGACCGACAUCAACGCCUACACGUAUACAGGAUUAUACCCGCCUGCUAACGCAGGUCGGAAAAGAGCGUCGUCAGAUAGUGACGCACAUCCGUUGAAGAGAUCUCGCGCUCAUAGUAUACUUCCCGUUGGACUCGGGAUUUCUGGCGUGACUGAAUGGCAACCUCUGUCGCUUCCUGUAUCUGUCGCCAGAAUCUCUGCGAUGAACUCUGCUUCCGACGAUAAGAUGCGCCCCAAGCACGCGUUUCAUCGCUCUUCCUUCAGUUUACCCAUUAUCGUGGAGCUUGCGUAUCUUUCAUCUAUCUCGAGACGGGCUAAAGCCAAGCACGAUUGA